UGACGUCACUGCCGGUAGAUGGCGAUUUCUCAUAACACCAAGCCUCGACUGGAAGCUAACGCUCGCUGCAUCUACUGCCAGUUGGUUUUAAACGGCGCUCUCAGAGGAAAACCAUGUCAGAUACGGAGACGAAACCAUCCAGCCAGGACGGAGGGGACAAGAAGGACGGAGAGUACAUCAAGUUAAAAGUGAUCGGCCAGGACAGCAGUGAAAUCCACUUUAAGGUGAAAAUGACGACACAUCUGAAGAAACUGAAGGAGUCUUACAGUCAGAGACAGGGCGUCCCAGCCAGCACGCUAAGGUUCCUGUUUGAGGGUCAGAGAAUCUCAGACAACCAAACUCCAAAAGAGCUGGGGAUGGAGGACGAGGACGUCAUCGAGGUUUAUCAAGAACAGACUGGCGGACUUUGGAACGAUUAAACCUCCCACAUUUCUAAAUCUCUUUUCUUAUUUUAUAUUUUAUUUUGUAUGUAUGUACGUAUUUUUUGUUCCGUUUCAAACCAUCUGGAUCAAAACUGACUCUAUCAGGGCUUCCAUGGGAGAGGGCAGGUGGGUGAACAGAGUGAAGGGUGAUGAAGGCAACAGCUGGUUUCUGUAGUGCAGGGAUGCUGGUGGUGUUCACCACAGCAACAGCUUUUAAACAUGAAUUCACACCCACGUUCACAUGCAAGUUUAUGUUGAUUAUGUUUGCCUCUCAUGUUGUCGUUUGGCGUUUCAGCUUAAGGUAGAACAAUUUCCAUUAAAGGAAUAGUCCACUCAAAAUUUAAGACUUGUCGACUCAUCUAGGAGCUGUCAGGGAUGUUUUCCUGAUGUGAGUCAGAUUUCUGCAAAGAAAUUAAGUCAUGUAAACGUCUGUGUUUGGCCAUUUAAAGAGCCGUGGAUUCUGCAGCUACACACAACCUCACCAUCGAUCAGGGUACCAGAGUAGAAUUUAUUCUGAAAGGGCAUUUGACCGUAUGGAAACCAAGAUAACGGCCAGCUGCACUUGUUUUAUGUUUCUGGACAGAAACCAAAAAAAACAACAGUGGCCGCCAUUUUUCCUUUUCUGGUUUUUGAAAUAAAACGAAGAAACACGUUUUUAAGAAAAAGGUUAAUUUUGUUUUAUGUCUUUUCCUUUUGUUGUUUCACAAUAGAGCCGUAAAAAAGCCACAGGUGACAGUCACAUGACCCAGAAUUCAAGUAAACUUUUCAAAAUAAAAACCUGAGUAAGAGAAUGGGUGGAUGGAUGGAUGAUGGAUGAGUGGAUGCAUUGAUGGAUGAAGGAUGGAUGGAUGGAU